CCCCCUCCCUCACAGCCAAAAUGGAGAACGACCGUGGCGAGAUCGUCGACCUCUACGUCCCGCGCAAGUGCAGCGCUACCAACCGCAUCAUCAAGGCCAAGGACCACGGCUCUGUCCAGAUCUCCAUCGCCAAGGUCGACGAGAACGGCCGCGCUGUCCCCGGCGAGAACCACGUCUACGCCCUCUGCGGCUUCAUCCGCGCCAUGGGCGAGUCCGACGACUCCCUGAACCGAUUGGCCCAGCGUGACGGUCUCGUCAAGAGCGUCUGGAGCGCCCAGCGAUAAAUUUUUCCUUUUUUGCAACAACACGAAAAAAGACUUGGAAGAG